UAAGGAAAAGCGCUAAGAAGAAUCUUUGCCGACAUACGAUUGAUACGAUACACCAACGUGUAAUGUGUCGCUCGUGCGCGCGUGCGAGAGAGAGAGAGAGAGAGAGAGAGAGAGAGACUGGAUUUAGAGAUUUAGACUAUUAUAUAAAAAAGAAGGUUGUGAAAUAGGUUACACCAAACAUUACAAGUAGUGCUUAAAGAUAAAGUGAGAUUCGAAUUAACCAUGAUUAAAAUAGAAUAUAUUGCGAUAUAAUGUACAUAUGUAUACACGCGCGCGAUAAACGUUUGUAUUCGUACUCUAGAGUUAUUGCAGAUAAAGCUGUUUGCAAGAUUUCCAGUAAACACCACAUGUUACAUGUUACAUUAAAAUAUUUCGCUAUCUAAAUUCCCGUUAUAAAGUUAUAAUGUAUGUACAUAGCUUUCGAUAGCGAAGUAAAUCCGACGCCGAUUUUUGAUCGUUCGUACACCUGAUACACGGAGAGAAAGAACGUCAACUGUGCUUUAUGAUUUUACAACGUUGUAUAACGUCGUACCUAUAUGUUGUAAAACGUUGAAGCGUACAUAAGACGUAUGUAUGCCCAAGAGUCCAAGCUUUGCCGAAAGAGCUAUGACAAAGCGUCAAAGCGUAAAGCCGCAGCGUAGCGUUGCGGCCGUGAAUAGUGUGAUAUCGCGUGGUAGGUUGGUGCGUAUAAUGGCUAUAAACGCGCAAUCUGCUACACCUGCUUGGGUAUGCCUGCUGCUGUCAGAGGCAGGACCGCAAAACAGAUUUUGUAACCGAUUCAACAUUUGUAGCUACUUAAAUGUGUUUGCACUUGGGUUAAAUAAAAGACGAGAUGAACGUUAUCUUCCGUCAAUUCGAAUCUAGCUCAAUUAAUCGACCUGCCUGCCUGGCUGCCUGAUGCCUACCACGCGAACAUGAGAGAGCAAGGGUGAUACGCGCGCUUUAAUCUCUUAUAUCUAUAGCCGUUUUAUAACUCGGACAAAUUAUGAUUCAUAAUGCUGUUCAUAUAGGAUUAUCGGACACGGUACGAUUAUCUCAAGGUUGAAUCGAUGGAUUGACGCAUUGACACACGUUAACGUCGCGACUAUAAUCUACCUCGCCUUUUUCAAUUUGUUUUGUUUUGUUUUUGUACAACAUACAAAUUAGAAGGGAAACAUGGGGGAAACAUGGGGGCUACGUCCAGAGACGAAAUUCUCGGUAAAUGAUAAAAUCGUAGAGUUCAGAGCUAGAGCGCGCGAAUUAAGCGCAAGUUCAUUAUUAGUUCAUUAUAUCGAAGCUAUUUUAAUGGCUGCGGAGGCACAGAACAUUACGUGUGGCAUUUAUAGAUAGCAUCAUUUAUAUUGUUUAGUUCAACCAAGAGACAAAGGCAUUUAUUAAACGAGGCAUCGAAGCAUCGAGGCACAAUUACUUGAGCUUACCGCCGCGCCGCGCACAGAGAAAAAUGCGAGUGAGGGGAUUAAAAGUGUCAACGGUAAAAUAAGUUGGAUAAGAGAUCGCGGCACGAGAUUAAGGACGGCGUGCAAAAUGAUAACUGAUCGCUUUCGUUCACGUACAUCAACAGAAUUAAUCUCGUGUGAUUCCGCGUAUAUUAUUUAUUUCCAAUUUGCCUUUUUUUUCGCAACACGCGCAUACAUCAAUGUCAACGUCAAUAUUUUACGUCAUCUUACGCCUUUUCGGAUAUUCAACGAGGUACUCGACGAGCGACAAAGAUUUAAUCGAAUCUCGAAUACUUGCUUUUGUUCCGGACGCGCGAUAUAAAUUUUAACUGAAUUUUAACAUUUUUGCGAUCGAUCGGUGUGAAGCGCAUACGUGUAUAAGUACAUAUCCUUUAAAGCAAAAUGAUAACAAUACGCUUGCAAAUUGGCAGCAAAUUCAAUCGGAAUUCUGAUGGAUGGUAUAACCGGUGCCUCGGUUUUCGGUGUCCUCGUACGGCUUGCGUUUUGCUUACAAAACUUGUUUAUAAAAUGAGAGAGCAACGCCAAAAACCGCGCAAAAUGUGCUAGUAUAAUGGUAACCGCAAACAGACGGUAAAAACCGUCGAGCAAGACGAUGCAUGGCGCAAAUCGUUAUACAACAGCAAAGGUGGCAGCAACGAUCGAGCGCUACGUGGCAAGUCUUGCUCGGCGGUGUAUUUGCUGCCACGUUGCCGUUUGCGGUCGUAUUACCUAUUAUAUUGCAUCGUGCGUACAAUUCUCUUGCUCGGUUUUUAUCGGUUUUAACUCUGUUUGUUGUUACAUUAUGCUAGCAGAUUUUGCGGGAUUUUUGGCAUCACGUUAUUGUUCUCAUUUUAUGAGUAUUAGGAAGUUGUGUUAAAUUUCUGCUGUUGUUUUGUAAGCCAAUUUAAUUAAUGGAUUUUGCAUCAAAUCUGUCGUUUUUCUGCCAAGGUACAUUGUUACAGAUUAUUGUGACAAAAUGUGACAAAAUAUACACACAUACAAAAUGAGCAAAACGGUGCUUUUUUCAGAUUUGCCUAAUUUACACACACACACACACACACACAGUGAUUAUAUAUACACGCUACAUCACUAUAAUACACAUAUAUGCAUAUACACGCCGCGCACCGUAUACAUUAUACAUAUGUAUAUGUAUUUGCGUCGUAUAUAUAUCGUACAUCUUAUUGUUAAUGGAAAGAAUGGAAGAUGCGAAAACCAACGACUCGUCCAUCACAAUUACAUUGUUAUGUGUAUAUUUACGUAACACGUCGCGCGUUACAUCCGUGCGAGAGAGAAUGUACGCCAGUUUCUUAUUCGCAGUCAUAUAAAAGUCACUUGGCGUGUUCUUCUCUUUGACUCCUCUUCGCAAAUUCCUUUUCCAAGGUAUUUGGCCAGGACUACCCGAUAAAUCUUUUAUUUACAAUUUACGUCCAUACCCAGAGCACAACUAGCUACGGAAUAGAAUAAACGCUGAGCCCGGCCUUGGCGACCGAGCAUUAAAAAUAUCGAGUCAUAUUAAGCAAUUAAGGCUUUAUCGUUUCAUCGCAUCUAUAAAAUUUUCAAAUGGUGUCAUUAUCGUUGUUUCAACAAACGGAAGACAUUAUUUGCGCAUUCGCGAUCCUUACACAAAGUCGCAAAUACAAGUAAACUCGAGGAAAUUUCAACGUUCGACAUAAAUUUCCUCGAUCGUUGAUUCCUAAUUGUCGCGCGAUUAUCGAUAACUCGUUGAACUCGCUCGCUAUUAUACCGUUAUCUUUUGAAGUUUCGGUCGAAUACACGUCCCAUUGUACUGAACUUGAACAAAACCGUUCUCCUAGUAUUGCGAAAAAAAAAAUUCCAUUGUAACAUAUGUUGCGAAAGUUUGUCGAAAUCGGCCACGGGGGAAGAGUAGGAAGGGGUGAGUGAUGGCACCUUAUCCACGAGACCGAGGUUGAACGGGGGCGAGCAAGUCGAGGUAACGCGACACGACGAAAGCGUAUGUCGCGCCUACCUCACCGCGCACCGCACCGCGCUCCGUUCGCGUUCCGUUUCGGCGGCGUGGACGUAAAAUCGUCGACAGUACACGAGUAACACGAGUGCAAUUCGGUAUAUGCUUCGCACACGAGACUUGAGCGGCACGUCGAGCAAGAAAAAACCGCUUCGGGAAACAUUAAUCACCGAUCUUUCUCAUUCUCUAUAGUCACUCGUGGAAAGCCGUUCUAGUCGCUAAUGUCUACUCGCUACUAGCUACUUUGGACGCGACGCAAAUCCAAAGUUCACUCACGUUGACCUUGUGUGCCACGAACGCUAACGAGGCGUUCCCGUGGCUUCCGGUUUGCGAUUUCGUUUGCGAGAUCGCUCGGAUUUCAAGCUCAAUUUCGACGCUAGACGAAUCGUUAUCCACCUCGCGCCUCGCGCCUCGCGCAUCGAACGCAGUUACUCGAUCGAGAGAAGUGUACCAUCGCGCAUUCUCGCAUACAACUUGACAGAUCUCGCGAACGGAUUGCGCGCGCGCGGAAUUUUCGAAAAUUUUGCACGUUACGAAAAUUCAGCGAGUCGAUUCGAACCGACGCGACGAACGGGCGUGCGAGCGCGCCUGCGUCGCCCGCUACGCGCGCAAAAUCGCCCGCUCUCUUGCAGUCAUCGACGAGGCGAAAGCAAAGUUGAAGAAACUCGACGAAUACUCGAAAAGCAUCGCAUUCGCGCUACCGCGUCGGCGGAAAAAAGAAAAGAAAAAAAAGAACACGAGACAUUUAGUGACAGACAACAGAGGAUCGUGACGAAAGAAGCUGUCGAGAUUACGGAACAACUUAAUCGAACAAGAUCAAAGUUAUGAUCGAUGUUAAUGGGGUUAACGAUAAGGAAAAGUCGGAUGUUUUAUGGCAGAAAAUUCAUACUGAUCAAAAUGAACAUCUGCGUAUUUACGGAUUCGAGAAAAGUUCGCUGAGGACCACCCUGACAUACGUCACGUACAUAUUGUCUAUCGGAUUGGUUCGGCUAUUGUUUCAUUGGUAUCCUCGGCUACAUCUGUACGCGACUCACCGAAAAUGUGCUUUAAAUUGCGCGACGAAAAUACUUGCGAUAGAUGAUUAUCAAGGAUACGAGUCAUACUUUGUACGAAAUGUUCGGGAAAUUUCUACUAAAAAUAUAAGCGCGAAAAGCUUGUUGGCCACCGGUUUGGGUAUCGUUGACCAAAAUAUCUUAGAGAAAAUUAAGGACAAAAAGCUAAAAAUUAAUUUAGAGAACGGCACGCGUCGCGAGGUUUGCGAAUACAAGGCUUUCUGGUGCAAAAAGAAAUGUUACAUCUGGGACACUACGAAAAAUAUAUUUUCAAGGCUCGUAGAGCUCGACAAUGGUACAAUGUGUUCCGAUCUCCACCUCUCGCGGCGUAGCGGCUUGUCUAAGGAAGAACAGUUACUUAGGCGCAUCGUUUAUGGAAAUAACAAUAUUGUUGUUCCGCUUCAGAGUAUCGGCGUAUUGCUACUGCUCGAAGUUUUAAAUCCGUUCUAUAUUUUUCAAGUAUUUACCUUGUCCGUAUGGUUCGCGGAGGGGUAUCUGUAUUAUACUAUCGCUAUAGUAUUAAUGUCACUGUUUGGCAUAACGAGCUCUAUAGUGCAAACGCGUAAGAACCAAAUAAAUCUACGCGGUACCGUUGCAUCGUCAGAAAGUGUACGUGUACUUCGCGACACUGGUAUUUUCGAGAAUAUCUCCUGUGUGGAGUUGGUACCCGGUGAUGUUAUAGAAUUACCGAAACGUCAAGCGACUCUCGUAUGCGACGCGGUUCUAUUAACUGGGCAGUGUAUAUUAAACGAAUCCAUGUUAACGGGUGAGUCUGUACCGGUGAUAAAAACAUCUUUACCAUUACACCAUACAUUGUACGACGCCAAAGAGUAUACGUAUCACACGUUGUACAGCGGUACUACUAUAAUACAAACCAAGUAUCACGGUGAUCAACCGGUUCUCGCGAGGGUCAUCAGAACUGGUUUUCUGACCAACAGAGGUGCUCUGAUUGCCGCUAUACUAUAUCCACCUCCAGCAGAUUUCAAAUUUGAUAAAGAUUCAUAUAAAUUUAUUGGCAUUUUGGCAUUUAUCGCAACUUGUGGCUUUAUAUAUACCGUAAUAACUAAGGUCUCAAGAGGAAUUUUAGCUAGCGAUAUAGCGAUAAAAGCAUUAGAUAUCAUUACAAUAGUUAUACCGCCGGCAUUACCAGCCGCCAUGACCGUAGGAAAGCUGUACGCUCAAAUGAGAUUGAAACGUGCACAAAUCUACUGUAUUAAUAACAGGGUCAUCAAUGUUUCCGGCAGCAUAAAUUGCGUCUGUUUCGAUAAGACGGGGACAUUGACCGAGGAUGGAUUGGACAUGUGGGGCGCUGUAGCAUGUACGAACGGUGUCCUCGCCGAGGCUGAGACGGAUAUAUCCAAACUUAAAGAUCAUCCUCUUUUCGAAGGGAUGUUAGUUUGCCACAGUUUAACGCUUAUCGAUGGAGAACUUUGCGGUGAUCCUUUGGACGCAAAGAUGUUUGAAAGUACCAAGUGGUUAUUGAAAGAUUCGGAUUGCAUACACGUAAAUAAACUAGACUCGAUAGCACCGAUUGUCGUGAGCAGGCCACCGGAGAGCACGAACUUGACGAAAAAUAUGAACGAAAUCACGGAGAUUGGUAUAAUACAGCAGUAUCAGUUCUCGAGUUCCUUACAACGAAUGUCCGUGAUCGUACAUGCAUCAGGAUCGGAUUAUUUCAAAGCUUACACAAAAGGCUCUCCCGAGAUGAUAAUCAAUCUAAGCAAAGCGGAAACCGUACCGAAGGACAUUUCGCUCACUUUGGAGCGAUUCACGAGACAGGGAUUUCGUGUGAUAGCGAUGGGCCGCAGAGCUACAGUUUUUAAAAGUAGCGCAGAGAUAUCGAAAUUGUCUCGAGAAACGGUUGAACGGGACUUGGAAUUCUUGGGGCUGGUCAUUCUGGAAAAUCGAUUGAAGCGACCGACGGCACCAGUGAUUACAGAAUUAAGGGAAGCCAAUAUACACGUGAUGAUGAUUACAGGAGAUAAUAUUCAGACUGCGAUAAGCGUCGCGAGAGAAUGCGGAAUACUUUCGAUCGAAGAACACAUCGUAGACGUGAGCGUAGCCUCCAACGAGGAAAAGGAUCGUCCAGAGAUUAUUUUCAACAUUCAGUCUCCAUCUCCAAGAUUGAGCUCGCAAGCUCAAGAUCACUUGGUGUCACCGACGAUCAAAGAUGUAGAAAGCGGUAUAGCCAAUUGUAAUUACAGAUUUGCUUUAACGGGCCAAACCUGGCAGGUGAUGCGAGAAUAUUAUCCCGAUCUUGUAGAUCGCGUUUGCAUACGUAGCGCGAUAUUCGCCCGAAUGAGCAGCGAUCAGAAGCAACAAUUGGUUGUGGAGCUAAUGCAACUGGGUUAUUACGUAGCCAUGUGCGGAGACGGUGCUAAUGAUUGCGGAGCGUUAAGGGCCGCGCAUGUCGGUAUAUCGCUCUCCAAAGAAGAAUCUAGCGUGGCCAGUCCCUUCACCUCGAGAAUACCCGAUAUAAGCUGCGUCCCAAAAGUAAUACGGGAAGGACGCGCCGCUUUAGUUACGUCGUUUGGAAUUUUUAAAUUUAUGGUCGCGUAUUCUCUUACCGAAUUUCUGUCCGCCAUAAUAUUGUAUUCCAUAGACUCGAAUUUGACGGAUCUACAAUUUUUGUUUAUCGAUAUCUUUUUAAUCAUCAACUUUGCCUUCUUCUUCGGGAAGACUCGUGCGUGUAAGGACAAGUUAUCCAAGACCACGCCGAUGACGAGUCUGCUAAGCUUCACUCCGCUCUUAUCUCUAACGAUACACAUGCUCGUAAUGAUUGUUUUUCAAGCGACAGCGUAUCACGCCGUUCGACAAUUUUCAUGGUUCACCCCGUUCGUUCCCACCAGCGAUACCCUGCAGUACACAUGUUACGAAAACUAUUCGGUCUACUGUGUCUCCAUGUUUCAAUACAUCACGAUGGCGAUUAUAUUUUCACGCGGAAAACCUUACAGACGCGCGAUUUAUACGAACGGCGCAUUCAUGUCCUCCAUACUUGUAUUGACGGCCGUAUGCACAUAUAUUACGGUUUAUCCCGCGAAUUGGGUGGUGAACGCGCUGCAAUUGAUCCUACCACCCGUCUACGACUGGAGGCUCGCUAUCUUAGCGCUCGCUCUAGCCAACUUUAUCAUUUGUUUCGUAAUAGAGAGUUUCGUAAUAGAGCGUGUCAUUGAAGAUAUCUUGAGGAGAAAAUUAUACAAGCCGGAAAAAUCCAAGAAACGAUAUCUAAAGAUGGAAUACGAAUUGAAGAAUUGCGAAAGUUGGCUGAAAUUCAACAAACAACUGCCAUUAUUACCUAGCCCUAGGCUGCGAAAGGGAGAUGAUUCGCGAAAUGUCGCGUGUAUUACACGUAACAGCCAUUGUCGAUAUCCGAUAGGUGAUCAAACGACGAAUGAUUUUAGCAACUCGAGCAAGUUACCGAUCAACGAACGGACCAAUAGGGAAAAUGGAUUCGAAAAUUUUGGCUUUGCCAACGACCAAGUAUAGCGAUAGUGAAAAAAAUGUAUACCGAAUUAGUAUUCCUUAAAAAAUAAGCCAGUCCUAGAAAGAU